UCGCCCUGUGCCCUUGGCAGGCGCCAUGCCGGGCCUCCGCCGGCUCCUGCUGCUGCUCCUCGCCGCGCUCAGCCCGCCCGCCCUGAGCCUCCGCGAUGGGCCCGCCAGGAUCGCCGUGGUGGGGGGCGGCAUCGGCGGCUCGGCCGCCGCGUAUUUCCUUCGGCAGAAGUUCGGCCGCAGCGUGCAGCUGCACGUGCUGGAGAAGGCGGUGGUGGGCGGCCGGCUGAACACGCUGGAUGUGGAGGGGGCCACCUACGAGGCGGGGGGGUCCGUGAUCCACCCCCUCAACCUGCACAUGAAGCACUUUGUCAAGGAGCUGGGCCUCUCGGUUGCCUCAGCCCAGGGCAGCCUCGCCGGUGUUUACAACGGGGAGGAAUUUGUGUUUGAGGAGAGCAGCUGGUCCUUCAUCAACCUCCUCAAGCUGCUCUGGCACUAUGGCCUCAACCCCCUGCGCAUGUCCAUGUGGGUGGAGGACAUCCUGGACAAGUUCAUGAGGAUCUACCGAUACCAGAUGCACGACUACGCCUUCAGCAGCAAUGAGCGCCUGCUCCACGCCCUGGGAGGCAACGACUUCACCCGGCUGCUCAACCAGACCAUCACAGAGGCCAUGCAGAAAGCGGGCUUCUCCCAGAAAUUCAUCAACGAGGUCGUUUGUCCGGCCAUGAGGGUGAAUUACGGGCAAGGGGUCACCAUCAAUGGCUUUGUAGGUGCUGUGUCCCUGGCUGGGGUGCAGUCAGGCCUUUGGUCUGUGAAAGGGGGGAACAAACUUGUGUGCUCUGGCCUCAUCUACUCCUCCAAGGCCGAGGUUAUCCCGGGAACAGUCGUGUCCAUAGAGCCGAAAAUCAGACACAGGCCUGGCGGGGACCCGGUGAAGCUGUACCAGGUCACCUACAACACCUCCUCGGGGCUGACAGGGGACACCUACGACAUCGUCGUCAUCGCGGCCCCGCUCGGCCGCAGGAUGGCCAACAUCACCUUCCGCAACUUCGACCCUCCCAUCCCAGAAUUCCCAAAUCCCUACCACCAGACCGUCACCACCUUGGUGCACGGGCGCUUGAACGCCUCUUUCUUCGGCUACCGGGACCCCCAGGCCUUUCACUUUGGGGCCAUUUUCACCAUGGACAACCCCAAACUGUUCAUCAACAGCCUGGGUGUGGUUUCCCCCGUGGGGGGACACCGGGUGCAGGCGGAAAGCUACCUACAGUCGGCCGUCUGGAAGGUGUUUUCCAAGGAGGUGCUCACCAAGGAGCAGCUCAGUUUGCUCUUCUCCUCGUACGACUCGGUGAAGGUGAAGCCGUGGCUGGCGUAUCCCCAGUACAGGCCUCCCGAGAAGUGCCCUCCCAUCAUCCUGCACGAGCAGCUGUACUACCUGAACGGGCUGGAGCGCGUGGCCAGCGCCAUGGAGAUGAGCGCCAUCGCCGCCCGCAACGCCGCCCUGCUCGCCUUCCACCGCUGGCACGGCCACAGCGCCAGCAUCGACCAGGAGGACCUGCACGAGAAGCUCAAAACAGAGCUCUGAGACCCCUCCUGGGGCUUAAUUAACACUAAUGAACUCUGUGCUUCGCCCCUCUGAGGAGGCGUUCUGUAGGAUUGUGGGAUCCUUAAGGUUGGAAGACCUUCAAGAUCAUCAAGACCUUCAAGAUCAAGACCUUCAAGACCAUCAAGAUGCCGUAAUUAACACCAAUGAACUCCAUACCAUCUCCAUACUUUGCCCCUCCAAGGAGGUGUUUCAUAGGAUCAUGGGAUCCUUAAGGUUGGAAGAUCUUCAAGAUCAUCAAGAUCUUGAAGAACAUCAAGACAAUCAAGAUUCCGUAAUUAACACUAACGAACUCCAUACUUCGCUUCUCCAAGGAGAUGUUUCAUAGGAUGAUGGGAUCCUUAAGGUUGGAAGAUCUUCAAGGUCAUCGAGACCUUCAAGAACAUCAAGACCUUCAGGAUCUUCAAGACCUUCAAGAUGCCAUAAUUAACAUUAAUGAACUCUGUGCUUUGCUCCUCCAAGGAGGUGUUUCAUAGGAUCAUGGGAUCCUUAAGGUUGGAAGACCUUCAAGAUCUUCAAGACCAUCAAGACCUUCAAGAUCAUCAAGACCUUCAAGUCCAACCAUCAACCCAACCACGUUCACCGUUAACGAUGUCCUCAAGUGCCGCGUCCGUGCGUUGUUCGGACACUUCCAGAGAUGGUGACUCCACCACUGACGUAGGCUGGACAACCCUUCCAUGACAGAAUUAUUCCCCGUAUCUCAUCUUGACCUCCCCUGGUGCCACUUGGAAGCCGUUUGCCCAACUCAGGAGGGAGCAGGACAGCAGUGAAGCGUUCCCAAGUAAGCCAGGACAUUUUCCUCAAGCAAAUUCCUGAGUUUUCCUCAAAACCCUCCGUUCAUCCCUGUCUGAGAUUGGGGAAUUGGUUAAAAGUGCCCUAUUGACCCCAAAAGUGCCCUGCAGCUGGGGAUCACUGUGAAGCCAUGCCCAUCCCAUGCCCUCUCCAGCUGGGAAUAUCGACUCCCUGCCUGUCCAUCCCUCUGCCCCAACCUUUCCAAAGGGUCUGCCAAGGAAUUACUCCUCAGGGUGGAAAUGGGGGCUUUGUUUGCUUCCCAAACUUCACUGUAGCCUAAGGAUGGGGGGGAAUGGAGCGCUGGGAGCUGCCAAAAUGGGUGGGAAAGAGGAAAAACCACCAGUAUCUGUCACUGUGUAGAGGUGUGAAGGAGUUAAUAAAGAAUUUAAUGACCUGA